AUGGAUCGCCUGCUCGGUGGUGUCGCGAACGCACUGGCGGUUCCCCAGCGAAAUGCCGCGGCCUUAGAGCGUCUGGACAAGAAAAUCCAGGAGUUACAAGGCGAUGCCAUCAACCGGCUUAGCGAGGGCUUGGACACCAUCAGCCCGGCGGUGUUUGUGCAGGUCAUGGACUCGCUGGUUGUGCGCCGCAGCGGCGCGAGCGGCGAGGGCGGCGUGCCAAGGGGUGCCUUUGAUGCAGCUUUUAGCACAUUUGAGGCCGAAGUCAUCAACUUCCUGCACAACGCGGCCGCCCCCGGCAGCCACGCGUAUGACCCCCUCCGCACGCCCGCCUGCGCCGCCGCCGCCGCCGCCGCCGCCGUGCGCGCGGACGCAGCCGCCGACGCCGCGGGCGCAUACGCUGCAGGCGGGGGCGGCGCCGUCGGGCUCUUGGGUCGGACGCGCGUCAUGCUGCUGAACCGGAUCGUGAGGGAGACCUUCAGCCUCGACGGCAACGACGCGCUGCCCGCCGCGGCCGCCGUGAUGCAGACGCCAGGCGCGCCCGAGGCGCUGCUUCGCGCCGGGCUGCUGCCGCGCGAGGCUCUGGUGCGGAUCGGCGCGCCGAGCAGCAGUCCGUAUUCGCAGGAGGGGGACCAUUUCUGGACGUUUGUGCGGCUGGCGCAGGUGUUCAUCGACGCCGAGGGGGACGCCGCCGAAGGCGCGCUGCAGCUCGACGCUGACGGCCGCGCCGAGCUCGCCGCGUGGGCGGCGGCGCAGCCGUGCAUCGCGACGCUGGUCGCCGGCGUCGUCUGCGCCCGCCUCUUCGAGGGCGGCGAGCGCGCGGAGCCCGCCGUUAUGCUGGCGUCGCUGCUGCUGCGCCACUGUGAUGAUCCGGGGGCAGAGACGCCCCUCUCUGCCGCUCUGCUGGCGCACGCGCGCAUCACCCUUCCGCUGCUGACCGCGCACGCGCAGCACCCGGCCGCGACCCCCGCGGCAGGGGCCGUGGUCUGGCGGGCGCCCGCCGCACAGCUGCAUUGCCGCGACGCCUGGCGCGGCGGCGGCACUCGUGGCGGGCGCGCGCGCGUGGCUGGCGGCGGCGCGGGCGAGGGACGACACAUGUGA